CGGCGAUAGCUUCUUUGGCAGCACAGGUCGAUAGCGUUGAUUGCUCGCUCCUUGGGGAUCCAGGCUGACUCGAUCUCCGUACAGUCAUCAUCUACUUACUGCAUCUUGAACGCGACAGUCACUGACCUGUCUUCCAGCGCAGCAAAACCUUGUGCCUCAGCUACCGAGUAUGUAGUUCAUUGAACGGAAGAAGCCGCUGCUAAUUUUAUAUUUUCUGAUUCUUUUUCCACGACUCUGCCGCUCAUCGUGCGGUGAUCGUCUUGCUGUUCAACACGACAACAGUUGGGUGCCGUUGAGUCUCGAGGUACCGUUGUCAAAUUUGCAAACUAGUGUUACUUUCAACCCCACUCUCCACUACACAGAAAGUCGCGUGCCACAGACUUUCUACUCAGCUCACACCUGACUAUUCAAGUGAACAAGACGUCAAGAGCACAGAAAAUGGACCGACGCGCUCCUCCUGUCCUAUCGUUCGCCGUGUUCUUCGUCCUCAGCCUGCAGUGCCUGUACCGCGGUGCUGAAGCGUACAAGGUGGGCAUGAAGUACGCCCAGUGCGACACGCUGCGUGUGGAACACGGCACCGCAGCAUCGCAGCCGCUCCAGAGCAGUCCGUAUCGCAUAACCACUGACACGACGUGUGGCUACCAAGCAGGACAGCUUUACAACCUCACCAUUACCGGUCCAGCACUGUCAGGCUUUGUCUGCCGUGGUCAGAAGACUGGGACCAUACUGCUAACGGACGCAGUCGGGUCUUUUCCCACCAGGUUCUCUCUGCCCUUCACUUCCGGGAGUCCAUGUUUUCCUUCGAGCAGUGGGCUGAUGAACCUUUACCAGACAUCUCAAACCCACCAGUACGCAAGCCCAUUGCGCCUUAUUUGGCAAGCACCGGCGCAGAACGAAGGCGACAUAGAGAUAACAUGUUCCCUGGUGACCAACUUCAGCGUUUUCUACACGACCCAGAGAGGUGACGCCAUCCCGUUUAACCCAAGUGCCAACUCAAGAUCAUGCUUGACAUCUGCAGCCCCGAUGGCUCCAAAUACCAUGACCAGCGGCAGCGUAUCUGAUCCGCCUUCAGCCCCGAUGGCUAGCAGUGGCAGCGUUUCUGAUCCGUCAGCACCCCCUAUCGCCAUGACGACCAUGAAAAAUGGCAACGCUUCGGAUCCGUCGACAGCGGUGUGCGUUCGGGCAGCGUAUCCUCAUGUCGCCAUGUCCCUGCUAGUGACGUUGCUACUGGCUGUUCUUGGCGCGUGGUGAAGGGGAUUUCCCUCAGGCCUUGGGUUAUCAUGCCGGCGUGUAAGCUUUCCUCAGAACAUAAUCAACACGAUUAUUAUAACUGUCAGUAGGUGGUGAUGGGUCAUCUAUAGGUAGGCAUCGUGUGUUCAUUAUCAUUAUAGCUGUGAAGGGCUGCAUGUGUUGGUGUUAGUGUGUGCACUUGGUUGGUUGGUUGGUCUUUUAUUUUACUUCGCACAUUCAAACGGGAUGACAGCCCGAUAAAAUGAUGGAGAAGGCUUAGCCUAGAAGUGGCUAUGGAAGAACUUGGCACUAGGAAAUUAUACAGCUUCUCAGUCUCCGCAUCUGUCUCUGUCUCUCUUUCCUUUCUGUCUAUCUGUCUGUCUGUCUGUCUGUCUGUCUGUCUGUCUGUCUGUCUGUCUGUCUGUCUGUCUGUCUGUCUGUCUCUCUUUUGCAAUUUUACUCACAUGUACAUGUAUGCACUAUUGAUUUCACAUUAUUUCAAUUCAAAGAAAUUUUAUUCAAUCGUUUGCUCAUCAUGCCAGUUCAUCAUUUCGCAAACCCUCAAGUUUAGAAUGUGUACAGUAUAUUGCAAUACCCAAGCAAGUUCUACUCGCAUCCAUUCCGACUUUAGGUUUCCCCAAUUGCCUGGCGCAGACUAUAGCUGCACUGGAUCGUUUCUUCGAGAGAUAUCCUAAUCCGUUAACACCUACGUUGACAGGUGCAUUUGAAUACUGAACUUCACUUUUAUCAAAAUUGUUCCAGAGAUUUUACUGCCGCGAAAGUUUAGCAGUGAGUUUGUUCCAAAUUUAUUUUGCUUUUGGGCCAACAAUAUAUUUUUAUUUUAUUGG